AUGUUGAACUCCAUCCUAUCACUCGUCAAGCGCAUCAAUGUCCCAGUCACAGCUUCCACGACCGCGGCUGAGGCUGCUGAGAUGCAGCGCGACCCGUGGUCCAAGUCAGCCAAAUAUGGAGUAGUAUUCGUUUAUUUUGCCGUUGUCCUCCUCGUCAUAACAACCUUGAUUCGAUGCUGGCACAAAUGGGGCGACAAAAUGCGAAUUGCGCUGUACAAAGAGAACCGACCUGAAAUAUAUCGCGAUGACUCGGUGCCAGAUGAGUACGAGCUCCCAAGUGCAGGGACCGAUGCUUCCAAUGCGCAUUUCUUCCCUGAACCGACUGCGACAUCUCCGACAAAGAGGAGUGAGUCUAUACUCGCGCGGAUAGUUCCUUUGAACAAGGCAAUUGCCUUCAUGCGAUGGAUCUUCUACCGCCCAAUUCCCACCUUGAAGAUCGGCAAAUUGGAAGUCGUUUUCCCAUCCUUGGCCGUGACUGCGAUCGUGCUGGCUGCGUUGAUCUUCGUCACACUGUAUUGUUUUGUGCCGCAGCCCUUGUACUAUUGGUCAAUUGCUCUCGGCUCUCCACCACUGGCAAUUCGGGCAGGUAUGCUGGCUGUGGCUAUGAUUCCUUGGAUUGUCGCUCUCAGCACCAAAGCAAACUUUAUUACCAUGAUGACUGGCCUGGGGCCUGAGAGACUGAACGGAUUGCAUCGCUGGUCGGCAUACAUUUGUCUAUUCCUCAGCCUGGUGCACAUGGUGCCUUUCUAUAUCACUCCGAUUUGGACAGAAGGCGCCCUCGUGAAUUAUCGUCUAGGUAUCCCGCCACAUGCUUAUGUGUAUGGGACUGGAAUUGCAGCACUGGUACCCUUGCUCUUCCUGUGUGUUCAUUCACUGCCUAUAUUCCGCAAAUGGAUGUAUGAACUGUUUGUCUUCGUACACAUUCCAGUCUCGUGGAUUUUUGUCGCAAUGCUGUUCUGGCACACGAGGAAUUACUUGCAAUCCUGGGCUUAUCUGUUUACAACCCUCGCCAUUUGGAUUAUUUCCUACGUUGUCCGAAUUUUCUACUUGAAUUGGACAAACCCUUUGCGCUCUUCGUCCUUCUUGAUCGGGGAAGAGUCUGCCUUGACAAUUCUCCCUCAAAAUGCGAUCAAGGUCACGAUUCCCACCAGGAUGCGCUGGCGGCCAGGCCAGUACGUCUAUCUUCGACUACCGAGAAUUUCCACGGUUCAAAGCCACCCUUUUACCAUUGCCUCACUAUGCAGCGAAGACUUCCCAUCUGCAUACGGCGAAAAAUACCGUGAUAUGACGCUGGUAUUCCGUCCCUUCGGUGGGUUCACACGCGAGGUGUUCCAAAAGGCCUUGGAACACGGCCCCUCCCGGACGUACAGUGCAUUCGUCGAAGGACCUUACGGCGGCAUGCAGCGCGAGAUGGCCGCGUUCGAUGAUGUGAUCUUCUUUGCCGGAGGCAGCGGUAUCACAGCCAUCGCAAGUCAACUUCUCGAUCUGAUCAAGAAGAUCAGAGACGGAAAAGCCAUCACAAAAUCAGUCCGAGUCAUCUGGGCCCUGAAAAGCCCAGAGACAAUGGAAUGGUUCCGAGAAGAGCUACGCAUCUGCCGUGACUAUGCACCUUCCAACAUCGUGAACUGCCACUUCUUCCUCACUGGAGUGAAAGCAGACAACCAAGCCGGACGUGACAUAGUCCAAGAGAAGAUCUACGGCAUGCUCCAGGGCAUCGACAAGCGUAACUCAGCAUACAUCCGUGCCGAGGCGGCCGGAAACCCAGAUAUCGAAAAGGAACUUCGUCGCGAGAACGAAGACGGUGUCGCUGCUCUUCCAAACGCAUACACAGCUGCCCAUGCAGCCAAUACUCGCCAAUACUACCAGCCAGCAAUGGAUCCGUAUGCGACUUCUGGUGCAAACACGUAUGGUAGCCCGAACUUCGACUUUGGCUUUGGAGCAGCACAGCCUGUGCCUCAGAGGCCGUCCCCGGUGCCUGCACCGCGCUUUGCUCAUUACCAACCACGCGCACGAGAUAAUUGGCGGACGGAUUACUUCCGUCCUAAUAUUCCUGAAAUCAUCAAUGAGUUCUCGAAGCAUUUUGGUCGACGUGCGUGUGUUUUUGUUUGUGGUCCACCUAGUAUGCGUGUUGAGGUUGCCAACUCAGUAGCCAAACUGCAGCUACAGGUUAUGAUGGACUCUUCCAAGGAUGAGAUCUUUUUACACGCGGAGAAUUAUAACAUCUAA